AUGCCGAAGGCUUUUCUGGUGAAAAGACACCGAGCAGCCACUCUGGGAUCCCAGGACUGGGGAGAGCUCUCGGACCGGCUCCGGGGCGAUGCCUAUGUCCCAGAGGCCAGCAUGAGCAUUAGCCCCGCAGCCUCGGGGGCGUUCCCAGAGGACAGGCAGAGCGGCUGGGACGGACCAAGUCAGAGGAGCUCCCCCAGGCCCCGUCCAAACCUGCUGCCCCCUGAUGCCGCAACGAAAUACCCUAGAGCGAAGGGGAAAGGCCCCCAGGGGCCGGGCGACUUCCCCUGCCCGGUGUGCAGCAAGGCCUUCCCGCUGCAGCGCAUGCUGACCCGCCACCUGAAGUGCCACAGCCUGGUCAAGAAGCACGUCUGCCGGUACUGCGGGAAGGGCUUCAACGACACCUUCGACCUGAAGAGACACACGCGGACCCACACUGGCAUCCGCCCCUACCGCUGCCACGUCUGUGCCAAGGCCUUCACCCAGCGCUGCUCCCUGGAGUCCCACCUCCGCAAGAUCCACGGGGUGCAGCAGAACUACGCCUACCGCGAGCGGCGCGCCAAGCUCUUCGUCUGCGAGGAGUGCGGCUUCACCUGCACCGCCGGCGACGAGUACUACACCCACGUGCGGCGGCUCCACCCCGGCAACGCCCUGCUGCGCAAGUACCUCCGCAAGCAGGGCGCCGCCCCGCUCCGCUUCCUCCUCUACCCCGGCGGCUAUUACGCCUGA